AUGGCAUCAAACCACAAGAAGAGACCAAAAUCCCUCAAAUCCGGCCGUCCCCCAACAUCCCAGAAUCAAAACCCCAAAACCCUCUCCUCAAAAACAACCCAAGCAAAAAUCGUAAAAUUCCACCACCUCAACAAAUCCCUCGCGUCAGCAAAGGCCUCAAACAACACCUCCUUAAUCCGCGCCCUCGAAUCCGAAAUCUCAAGCCUAGGAGGGUUAAAAGCCUACCAAGAAGCCUCAAUCCUCGGCCAAUCGAGUUCCAGAGGCGGAGAUUCCAGCAUCGUCCUCGUAAACUGGCUCCAACAAGAACAACAACAGCACCGAGAAAAUCUCCGCAUGCUAGAAAUCGGCGCCCUCUCAACAAGAAACGCAUGCAGCAAACAUCCCAACCUAUUCACAGAAAUUUCACGAAUUGAUCUCUCUUCCCAAGCCCCAGGGAUUCUAAAACAGGACUUCAUGCAUCGUCCUUUACCCACAUCAGCAACAGAAUUCUUCUCAAUCAUCUCGUUAUCUUUAGUCCUAAAUUUCGUCCCCACACCAGAAGGACGAGGGGAGAUGUUACGCCGAACGACGAAAUUCUUGAAGGCAGGAGGGAUGUUGUUUUUAGUGCUUCCGGCACCUUGUGUUUUGAAUUCGAGAUAUUUUGAUGAUGAGAGACUGACGACUAUCAUGGGGAGUUUGGGGUAUGUGAUGGUGAAGAGGAAAGUGAGUAGGAAGUUGGGGUAUUGGUUGUGGGAGUUACGACGAGAGGGAGGAGAUGAAGGGGAGCAGGUGUUUGGGAAGGUUAAGGUGAGGGAUGGGCCGGGGAUGAAUAAUUUUUAUGUUGAGUUGAGGGCGCCUGCGAAGGAGGUUGUGUAG